AAACAAAACAAAAAACUAAAGAUAUAUAAAAGAAAAAAGUUAAAAAAAAAUAAAAAUAAAAAAUGGGUUCAUAUAUCGGAAUUUCUACAAUUUUCGUUCUAUGUCUGGUGGGAUUUUCAGCCAAUGCUCAUGAGGUGUUUAACGUUAAUGCUCCUCCAGGUUCUGAUAUCACUCAGGCACUUUUAAAAGCAUUCACAGCGGCAUGCCAAUGUACGGCACCGAGCAGGGUGGUGAUCCCAAAAGGAGAGUUCAAGCUUUGUGAGAUCAUUAUGACAGGGCCAUGCAAAGCUCCAAUCGAGAUCAACUUGCUAGGCACUCUUCUUGCUGACGGAAGUAACAUCCACCACGGAAAGGAUAAAUGGGUCGUCUUCCGCAAAAUUAAUGGGUUUAAGUUGAACGGAGGUGGAACCUUCGACGGUGAAGGUAGCGCAGCUUGGAGGGUCAAUAACUGUCACAAGACUAGCAAUUGCAAGAAACUUCCCAUCAGUAUUAGAUUUGAUUUCGUGACGAACGCUGAGAUAAGAGACAUAUCCUCAGUGGAUUCCAAGAACUUCCACGUCAACGUGAUCGGCGCCAUGAACAUGACCUUUGACAACGUCAAGAUCUUGGCUCCAGCAGAGAGCCCUAACACCGACGGGAUCCACUUGGGAAGAAGUGACGGAGUUAGCAUCAUCAACUCUAGGAUCUCCACCGGAGAUGACUGUAUCUCCGUCGGGGACGGGAUGGUGAAUCUUCUCGUGAAGAAUGUCGUGUGCGGUCCUGGACACGGUAUCAGUAUUGGAAGCCUUGGAAGGUACCCACACGAGCAGAACGUUAGGGGCAUUAAGGUCAUCAACUGUACCGUACAAGAGACUGACAACGGCCUCAGAAUCAAGACUUGGCCCACCGCGGCUUGCUCCACCGUCGCCUCCGGUAUUCAUUUUGAGGACAUCAUCCUUAAAAACGUUAGCAACCCAAUCCUCAUCGACCAGGAGUACUGUCCUUGGAACCAGUGCAACAAGCAAAAAUCUUCAUCCAUUAAGCUGAUAGACGUAAGCUUCACCAAUAUUAGAGGGACAUCAGGAAACAAGGAUGCAGUGAAGCUAUUGUGCAGUAAAGGUUAUCCGUGUGAGAACGUUGUGGUUGGAAACAUUAAUAUUGAGUACACUGGACGCGAUGGUCCAGCCACUUUCAUGUGCUCAAAUGUAAAGCCUAGGCUUGUGGGAAUUCAGAACCCAAAGGCUUGUAACACCCCACCAGUAUUGACCCAACCUAAGUAAAAUGUAGAAAUCUCACAACAUAUAUUAAGUUAGGAAUUUCACAUCCAAUUUUCUUCAGUCUUAUUUUUUUUUUUUUCCAAAGUCACAAAGGCGUUUAAAAAGCUGUAAAAGAUUUUCUUUAACUUUUUUUGUUUGAUGCCAACGCAUAUAUAUAAUGUGUGUGUGCAUAUAGAGAUGUAAUAAGACUAAAAGAUUCAAUAUAUCUUUUUGCAUAUGAA